AUGCCUGAGAAACAGGUAUCAGAAUUUACAAAUGGGGAUAAAGCUGCCAGAGUCAUUCAGCAGGCCUGGAAAAAUUUCCUUAAUACCACUAUAUACCAUCACAUGAAAGAUCUGAUUGCUUUAAGAAGACAAGGGGAACCACGUCAGAUAGUGAAAUAUAUUAAUCCUAAAGAGGCAGAGCUUCUAGAUGCUGCUGCUGGUGUUCACGUGCGAUUCAGAUUAGGUGGAGUUAACUUUCCCCCUGGUAUAUACUAUAAAAUUUUUACUCACAGACACAUUGAAGAUCUGUGUGCUAACAGCCCUAGAGAUUAUACAAAACUGCCAGCAAAAUAUACAUCUCAAAACAGAAGCAAUCAUCUUCAGGAAGAGGAUCAUAGUGGCUGGUAUCAUCGGAUAGAAAACAAUGGCUGGAGGCCUGUUUCUGAUAGAUUUUGGAGAUCUACUGACAGUGUAGAAGUGGAAAACAAAAAAGAAAGUGAAUUUCAUUUCUCUAAACUGAAGAGAAGGGAAGACUUGGAAAAGAAAAGAAAAAUUAGAAAAAUAGAAUGGAUGAAGCAAAUGUACUAUGCAGGAAGCCUGGAGGCUAAGUCAACACAUCUUAGAACUCUAGGCUUCAUUCACACAGCAACAAAGGGGCUACUAAGAGCUAUUGAAGAUGGUGGGAUAGAUUCUGUGAUGGAAUGGGAAGUGGAUGAAGUGCUGAACUGGACAAAUACCCUGAACUUUGAUGAGUAUAUUGCCAAUUGGAAGGAAAUUGCUACAAGCAACUCUUCCGAUAACUUUGAAGGAUUCAGGUUUAAGGAACCACAGAGAAAUAGACAUCACUAUGAAGAUAUAGCAGAGAUGCAAAUGGAGACCCCCGAUGAUACUUCCAGUGAAAAUCUUCGUCACACACCAUAUUCAACUAGAUUAACACCUGAUUCCACUUAUAGAUUAUAAAUACAAGGUAUUUUCUUUUGUGAGCUUUAGCCCUCCAACUUCUGCAUCCAUCAGUUAUAGUUCAGGGAUAGUGUAUUCUGACUGGAAUAACUUGUAUAUAAAUUCUGGGCAUAGGACCUAGCCCAGUUAAGUAAGGAAGAUUGAACAUAAAUAGAACAUUGGAAUGAAUAUAGUAAUCUUAAAGAAGAUAGAAAUUAUUCCUGAUAUUCUGAGAAAAUGUAAUAUUCUAACAAUCACACUUAAAUAAAGAUACU